AUGCGCAACGUCGUAGCCGCUGGCGCGGUCAUCGCCGCGACCUUGUCCGGCGCCGCAGCAGACCUAUGCGCUUCCGGCUCCGAGCUCAUCGGCGGCAACUGGUAUUGCCAGGCUGUGCAGAAGAUCACAUAUCAGGGAGUUGGAGGCUCGGGUAAAUACAACAAGAUUACGAAAAUGGACCCCGUCUCGGGUGCUUGCUCGUCGGCGCCGUUCAGCUACUCCGGGUCUCUGGCUCCGCUCAACGAAGAGCUCUCCCUUCACUUCCGCGGACCCCUUCAGCUCAAGCAGUUCGCUGUCUACACCCCAAGCAGCGGCUCAUCCACCAAGCCAAAGAUGGCCAAGCGCAGCCCGCACGAGCGCCGCCAUGCCCAUGGUCACCAGCACUUCCACCAACAGCACAAGGAGACCCGAGAGAUCCAGGAGGCCGCUGAGGCCGAGAAGCGAGCGGUUGGCGACUGGGUCACCGCGACCAUUAACGGCGAAGUUGUGUCUUGGGUCAACACUUUCGGCGCCGAGACUCCGGCUGCCAAAGCCGUUGUGAACGACGCGACCACUAUUACCAAGACUGUCGCGCAGGCAACUGCUACCCAGACUGCCACUAUCGCCUCCGAGAAAGCUGGUGCAAGCGCUCCUGCCAGCUCUGCUGCCCCCAGCCCCAAAGCUACCACUGCUUCUGUCGCCAGCGGCGAUUGGUCCCAGGUUGCCUACUACGAGGCCUCCUCCGGUACUGCGCAUGGCGUUACCUUCCUGAACAACAUGGGUGGCCAGGGCUCCGGUACCUUUGACUACGUCUUCGGAAACUCCCUCUCCUACGCUGCGGCCGACGCCAAGAGCGGCGCGUCGUCCCCUCAGGUGCUCAAAGACAUGACUCUCCCGUCCAACACCGAAAUCACGAUCAUGUCUGACAAAGAGUGCUCCGGCGACUCGUGCGGCUACUACCGCCCCGACACUGUUGCCUACCACGGCUUCGGCGGCCCCUCCAAGGCUUUCUUCUUCGAGUUCUCCAUGCCCGACGACGGCACCUCCGGCUGGAACAUGAACAUGCCCGCUCUCUGGAUGCUCAACGCCCAGAUCCCGCGCACCCUCCAGUAUGGCAAGGCCGAGUGCUCGUGCUGGACGUCCGGCUGCGCCGAGUUCGACAUCUUCGAGGUCCUCGACUCCGGCAAUACCCGCUGCAAGUCCACUCUCCACGGCAACAUCAAGGGCGGCAACUCCGACUACUUCAAGCGCCCGACUUCCGGCACCAUCAAGGCUGCCGUUGUCAUGCACGACGACCAGAUCCACAUCCAGAUUCUCGACAACGGCAUCAACUUUGGCGGCAGCAUGCCCAGCUCGACCAUCUCCGACAUCUGCGCGAACGACAGCAAGGUCCUGACGUCCAUCUUCGCGCUUUCGUCCUAG